GGCCAGGAAGCAGCAGUGGAACUCCGGGCACCUGCCAGAGGAGCCCGUUGUGUGACCGCCGUGCACAGAGUCCUGAGCGCUGUGGAAGGCGUGCAGCAGGAGGAUGGAGAGCAAGCCAGCAGUGAAUGGCCACGCUGUUCCCAGCUCUCCUGGGGAAGACAUGCCAGGGACAAACCACUUGUGCCAGGACGUGAUGUCGUGCAAACAGCAAAAAGCAGCUGGCAGGGAUGUGGCGGGUCCGGAUGCGCCCAGGGAACCCUCGGAGACAGCUGGCAGCAUUGCAGGCGUGUACGUGGAGGCUUCAAAGAGGAUAAUGAGCUUUUAUGAGGCCACUAGAGAGCAUCUACUGAGCCUGGAUUCAGCCCUCUGCCUCCUUGAGGCCCAGGCAGCCACGGGCUCCAUCUCCGACCCGGUGGGGAACUGCCGUGUCCCCGUGGCAGAAGCUGUGCGGAUGGGGCUGGUGGGGCUGGAGCUAAAGGAGAGGCUGCUCUCGGCAGACAGAGCUGCUACUGGCUUUGUGGACCCCUACACAGAAGAGAAAAUCCCCCUCUACCAGGCGAUCCAGAAGGAGCUGGUGGGGAGGGAGCAGGGCAUUCGCCUGCUCCAGGCCCAGAUGGCAACCGGAGGCGUCAUCGACCCGGCCACCGGCAGCCGGCUCCCGGCAGACGUGGCCUAUGAGAGGGGAUAUUUGGAUGAAGAGAUGAGCCAGCUCAUUUCUGACCCCAGCAAUGAGGACAGCAAAGGGUUCCUUGACCCCAGCACUAUGGAGAAGGUCUCUUACUCGGAGCUUAGGAAGAGGUGUGUUGUGGAUCCGGCCUCAGGCUUCCUCCUCUUGCCACUGCAAAUCACAUUCCCAGGGCUGGGAGGGAGGGUGAGCAGCAGGGACCUGAUGGACUCUGGCAUCAUCAGCCCUGAUGUGUUCCGAGGCCUUGAGGAGGGAAGGAUCUCUGCCCAGGAGGUGGCAGAGAAUGACAUUGUUCAGCACUUCCUGCGUGGGACAAGGAGCGUGGCUGGUGUUGUCUUGCCUUCUGGGGAGCAGAAAAGCCUUUACCAGGCACUGAGGGAGCAUCUCCUUGUGCCUGGUGCCGCUCUCAUGCUCCUGCAAGUCCAGGCCUCCACUGGCAGCCUGACAGACCCCCUAAAGAACAAAAGCUACUUCGUGGAUGAGGCUGUCAGGGUUGGUCUCAUUGGCCCAGAGCUUUAUGAGAAACUGUCUUCGGCUGAGAAAACCAUCACUGGAUACAGAGACCCCUCCACCGGGGAAAUGCUCUCUCUGUUCCAAGCCAUCAGGAAGGGCUUUGUUCCCAGGGAUCAUGGCCUGUGCCUUCUGGAGGCUCAGGUGGCCACGGGGGGUGUGAUUGCUCCGGGCAGGCACCUUCGUGUCCCCAUGGAGACAGCCUGCGAGUGGGGGUAUCUGGACGAGGCCACCAGACAGCUCCUCUCCAGCCCUCCUGACGACGUGAAGGGGUUCUUCAACCCUGGCUCCGAGGAGAAGCUGAGCUACACGGAGCUGCUCCAGCGCUGCGUCACCAAUCCCAGCACAGGGCUCCUGCUGCUGCCGCUCAGUGGGGACGGCCGUGAAGGAUCCCAGGGAACACUCACCUUCUUUGACCACAGGACCCAGACGGCUCUGGAAAACACAGAGGUACCCAUUGCUGCAGGGAAAUUCAAGGGCAAGUCGGUGUCUCUCUGGAAACUGCUCUUCUCCGACUACAUUCAGGGUGAGCAAAGAGCUGUGCUCGCUCAGCAGUUCCUGGCAGGAAUGCUCUCCCUGCAAGGACUGGGAGAGGCCCUCAGAGCUGCCAUUGAGGAAAAGGCUGCUAAUGUCACCUUCAAGGGCCUGAGGGACCAGGUGACGGCUGACCAGCUCCUGAGCUCGGAAAUUAUCAACAAAGACUUGUUUAAGAAACUCAAGGAGGGAGAAACAUCGGCCAAAGAAGUCGUCAGCAUGGACACUGUCAGGAAGUACCUGCAGGGCACGGGAAGCAUCGGUGGGCUGCUGCUCCCCGACUCCCAGGAGAAGAUCAGCAUCUACCAGGCAAAGCAGAAGGGACUUCUAAGGCCGGGAACGUCUCUGAUUCUCCUGGAGGCACAGGCUGCCACGGGGUUUGUCAUUGACCCAGCUGCCAACAAGAGGUAUUCUGUGGAGGAGGCUUUACGAGCAAACGUCAUUGGCCCGGACGUUUACGACAAGCUGCUGGCUGCGGAGAAAUCUGUCACUGGCUACAGAGAUCCUUACUCAGGGGGUAAGAUCUCCCUGUUCCAGGCCAUGCAGAAGGAGCUGAUCGUAAGGGAUCACGGCAUCCGCCUGCUUGAGGCCCAGAUCGCCACCGGCGGCAUCAUCGACCCCGUGAACAGCCACCGCAUCCCUGUAGAGGUGGCCUACAAGCGUGGCUACUUCGACAAGAAGAUGAAUUUAAUCCUCUCCGACCCCAGCGAUGACACCAAGGGCUUCUUCGACCCCAACACCCACGAGAACCUGACGUACCUGCAGCUGAAGGAGAAAUGCAUCACUGAGCCCUCCACCGGGCUCUGCCUCCUCCCUCUGAACAGCAGGAAGCGGCAGUUCAUUGACGAGGCCACCAGGCAGCUGUUCAGGAGCUCCUGGCUGCCCGUCAGGUUUGGGCGCUUAAAGGGGGAGAAGGUCUCUGUGUGGGACCUGCUGAACUCCGAGUACUUCAGUGAGGGGAGGCGCCGGGAGAUUUUCAACCACUUCCAACUGAGGAAGCUCAGCCUGGAGCAAAUCCGACUCAUGUUGGAGGAGGAAAUGAAGAAAUGGGCCUCCAUCAAGUUCCCGGCCAUGAGAGGCAAUGUGAGCGCUUAUCACCUGAUGGAAACUGGUAUAAUUGACAGGGCCCUGUUUGAGCAGGUGCUGGAGGGAUCCAUCACCCCAGAACAAGUGCUGCACAUGGACUCUGUCAGGAAGUACCUCUAUGGCUCGGGCAGCAUUGGGGGGAUUGUGCUCCAGCCAUCCAACCAGAGAAUGAGCAUUUAUGAGGCCAUGAAGCAGAACAUCGUGGUGCCAGGAGUAGCCCUGCCCCUGCUGGAGGCCCAGGCUGCCACGGGCUUCAUCAUUGACCCUGUGAGCAACCAGAAGCUCCGUGUGGAUGAGGCUGUGAGGGAGGGCGUCAUUGGGCCAGAUGUCCACGAGAAGCUGCAGCACGCGGAAGGGGCCGUGACAGGCUAUAAAGACCCUUUCACAGGCAAGAAGAUCCCCCUUUUCCAGGCGAUGAAAAAGGGCCUGAUCGCGGACAAGCAGGCCAUGCAGCUCAUGGAGGUGCAGAUGGCCACAGGAGGCAUCAUUGACCCAACGUGUGGCCACUACAUCCCCCUCAAGUCAGCCCAGCAGCGAGGGUGCCUGGAUGAGGACACAAGCAAGGCCCUUUCCAAGCCUAGUGAUGACCACAGAGCCUUCUGCCUCCCAGACAGCAAAGAGAGCGUGACCUAUGCUGAGCUCAUCCAGCGCUGCCAGAAGGACGAUGUCUCCGGCUUCCACUUGCUGCCUCUGGCACAGACAGCUGCUCCUGCCUACACUGAUGAGCAAAUCCAACGGAUUUUCAAGGAAACCAUGGUGAAGGAAAAAGGAGUCUCCCUCUGGCAGCUCGUGCACUCAGGGUAUUUCACCGAGGAACAGAGGAGCAACUUCAUGGAGAAGUUUCGGUCAGAGGAGCUGUCGCUGGAGCAGCUGGUCGCUCUUGUGCUCAGACUGGUGGGGGAGAUGGAGAUGAAAGCCAAGACCCAGAUCUCCCUGGAAGGCCUGAGGGGCAGUGUCCCUGUGGUCUGGCUGCUGGACGCGGGCAUCAUUUCUGAGAGGACGUUUGAAGAACUGGCUCAGGGUGUAAGAACUCCCGAAGAAGUGGCUGCAAUGGAGAGUGUAAAGAGGUACUUGCAGGGCACAGGCAGCAUUGCUGGGGUCUUCAUAGAGGCAUCCAAACAGAAGAUGAGCUUCUAUGAUGCCAUGAAAAACAAUCUCCUCCUCCCUGGGGUUGCUCUGAGGCUGCUUGAGGCUCAGGCAGCCACAGGAUACCUGACUGACCCUGCAACAAACCGGAGGCUCAACGUGAGGGACGCCGUGAGAGCGGCUGUUGUUGGAGAAGAGCUUAGCGAGAAACUCCUUCUGGCUGAGAGAGCUGUGACAGGCUACACAGACCCCUACACCGGGAGCUCCAUCUCCCUGUGCCAAGCACUCAGGAAAGAGCUCAUCCCCCUGGCAGAGGCUGUGCCCUUGCUGGAGGCCCAGCUGGCCACGGGAGGGGUUGUUGAUCCCAUCCACCACCUCCACCUGCCGCUCCAGGCUGCCUGCAGGUACGGCUUCUAUGACGAGGACCUGAACCAAACCCUCUCUCAGCUGGAUGACAGCACCAAGAUAUUUUUUGACCCAAACACCAAGGAGAACGUGACCUACCAGCAGCUGAAGGACCGGUGCAUUUGUGAAGCUGAGUCGGGUCUGUGGCUCCUCCCUCUGUCAGAAAACGCAAUGUUCUGUGUGGAUGAACAGACCAUGAAGGUGCUGAAAUCUGUGACUGUUUGUGUCAACGUGGGGCGGUUCAAAGGACAGACCGUGUCUGUCUGGGACCUCCUCAACUCUGAAUACUUCUCAGACAGCAAGAGAAGAGAGCUGGUGCAAAAGUACAAAGAUGAGAAGACUGAAGUGCUACAAGAAAUCACAACGAUCAUCACCACAAUCAUCCAAGAGACUGAGGCACAAGGCAAGAAAUUUGCUUUCAAGGGCCUGCGGAAAAGAGUGUCCGCCAGUGACCUCUUCCAGUCCCAGCUGAUAGACAAAAAAACCCUCGAUGAGCUCAACCAGGGGAAGAAAACAGUCAAAGAAGUCACUGAAAUGGAGUCUGUCCGCAGGUACCUGGAGGGCAGUAAUUUCAUAGCAGGGGUCCUUAUACAGCCAAGCAAUGAGAAGAUGAGCAUCUACCAGGCCAUGUGGAAGGGCAUCCUGAGGCCAGGGACCGCCCUGGUGCUGCUGGAGGCGCAGGCAGCCACCGGCUACAUCAUCGACCCCGAGAAAAACAAGAAGUUUUCAGUGGAGGAAGCAUUAGAGGUGGGUCUGAUCGGAGGGGAGAUUUUUGAAAAGCUGCUCUGUGCAGAGAGAGCUGUGACGGGCUACACUGACCCCUACACCAAAGCCCCAAUGUCCCUGUUUGAAGCCAUGAACCAAGGGCUGAUUGUGAAGAGCCACGGCAUCCGCCUGCUCGAGGCCCAGAUUGCCACCGGUGGCAUCAUCGACCCCGUGCACAGCCACCGUGUCCCUGUGGAGGUGGCCUACAAGCGUGGCUACUUCAACCAGGAGAUGAAUCAGAUCCUCUCUGACCCCAGUGAUGACACCAAGGGCUUCUUUGACCCCAACACCCAUGAGAACCUGACAUAUAUGCAGCUCCUGGAGAGAUGUGUCCAAGACCCAGAGACUGGGUUGUACAUGCUGCAAGUUGUAAAAGAGAGAGGAAAGUACUUUUACAUUGAUGAGUCCACAAAACAGGCUUUGCGCUCAAAGCUCUUUCAAGUGAAAGUUGGAAAAUUUAAGGACCAAACAGUUUCUGUCUGGGAAGUCCUCUGCUCUCACUACAUCUCAGAGCAGAAAAGGAAAGACUUGGUGAUGCAGUACAAAAGCAAAACCCUAAUGCUGGAAGACCUGAUAUCCCUCAUCUUUAAAAUCAUUGAGGACACAGAGCGAAAAGGAGAAGCCCUCAAGGUCAAAGGACUGCGGGGGGAGGUGUCGGUAUCAGAAUUGUUCAACUCUGAGAUAAUUGACAAGAAAACUCUGGAUCAGCUGCAGGAUGGGAGUCUCACACUUGCCAGCCUCACAAAGAGGGACACCAUCCAAAGGUACCUGGACGGCACUGGGUGCAUCGCUGGGGUUCUCCUCCCAUUGAGGAAAGAGAACAUGAGCAUCUACCAGGCGCUAAAGAAGGGCCUCCUCACAGAGCAAUGCGCACUGGGGCUGCUGGAGGCACAGGUGGCCACCGGCUUCCUCAUUGACCCCCGGAACAACCAGAAGCUCUCUGUGGAUGAGGCCGUCUCGUCCGGGCUAGUGGGCAGCGAGCUGCGCGAGCAGCUACUGUCGGCAGAGAAAGCUGUGACAGGAUACACAGAUCCUCAAACAGGAAAUAAAAUAUCUCUCUUCCAGGCUGUGAGACAGAAGAUAAUAGCCAGGGAUCGUGGCAUCCGCCUGCUUGAGGCCCAGCUUGCCACUGGUGGCAUCAUUGACCCCAGGCAUAGCCACCGCCUGCCCAUGGAGGUGGCUUGCAAACGUGGACACCUGGAUGAGGACACGUUCCUCCUGCUUUCAGAUCCAGAUCAUGGUAGCAAAGGCUUUAUAGAUCCAAACACUCAUGAGAAGAUCAGUUACAGCCAGCUCCUGCAGAGGUGUGCCAAAGACGGGGAGAGCGGCUUGUACCUGCUGCAGGUCCUGGAAAAGGAAGGCGACUAUUUCUACAUUGAUGAGCAAACGAAAAAUGCCCUGUUGUGUACAAAGGUCCAAGUGCCUGUGGGAAAAUACAAGGGACAAGUGUUAUCGCUGUGGGAACUUCUCUGCUCUGAGUACAUCACAGAGGAGAAAAGAAAAGAACUGGUGAAAAAAUACAAAGUGGAAUCCCAACAUAUUGUGCAAGGACUCAUUGAGACAAUACUAAAGAUCAUUAGAGAAAAAGAAGAGGACAGAAGUGAUGUCUGGUUCCAGGGAAUCCGACAGCAAAUUACAGCAUCAGAACUGCUCAGUGCACAGAUAAUUACAGAGGAAACAAUGGAAAAACUCCAGGAAGGAAAAGAGACGGCACAAAAAAUAGCACAAAUAGAUAGUGUAAGGAGAUACCUUGAGGGAACUGGAAGCAUUGCCGGCGUGCUGGUGCCCUCCAAGGCCGAGCCUGGCAAGAUGGAGAAGAUGAGCAUCUACCAGGCCAUGUGGAAGGGCAUCCUGAGGCAGGGCACGGCGCUGGUGCUGCUGGAGGCGCAGGCGGCCACCGGCUUCCUGGUCGACCCAGUCAAGAACCAGAAGCUCUCUGUGGACGAGGCUGUGUCCUCCGGGCUGGUGGGCAGUGAACUACAAAACAAACUUAUCAGUGCCGAGAGAGCUGUGACAGGCUACACCCAUCCCUACACGGGACAAAAGAUGUCCCUGUUCCAGGCCAUGAAGCAGGAGCUGAUCGUCAGGGAUCACGGCAUCCGCCUGCUCGAGGCCCAGAUCGCCACCGGCGGCAUCAUCGACCCCGUGCACAGCCACCGCCUGCCCGUGGAGGUGGCCUACAAGCGUGGCUACUUUGACCAGGAGAUGAGCCAGAUCCUGUCCGACCCCGGCGACGACACCAAGGGCUUCUUCGACCCCAACACCCACGAGAACCUGACGUACCUGCAGCUGCUGCGGCGCUGCGUGCCUGACCCGGACACGGGGCUGCUCAUGCUGCAGCUGAUGGACAAGGGCUCCGUGCUCUACCAGCUGACCGAGGAUGCCCGCAAAGCCCUGCAGGCCGCCCGCACCACCCUGGCGGUGGGGCUCUUCCAGGGCCAGAGCGUCAGCGUCUGGGAGCUCCUCUUCUCCCGCUACGUCCCUGACCACCAGCGCCAGGACCUCCUGCGCCGGUACAAGGCGGGGACGGUCACCAUUGCAGAGAUGAUCGACCUCCUCACGGCCAUCAUCACCAGGGCUGAGGCCCAGGGCCACAGUGCCAACGUGGCCCCCAAGUCCGCAGAGAGAGAGGUUCUGCCAGAACCCAUCCAGAACGGCAGUGCCGCAAACUCCCAGAAGGAAUUGGAACAGAAGCGGGAGCAAGAGCGGGACCAGGAGCGACAGCAAGAGCAGGAGCUGGAGCGAUCCCUCAAGUCUUACACCGUCGAGGUGUCGGCAGGCGGCUUCCACGGCAGGAAGGUGUCCCUGUGGGAGCUCCUCUUCUCCAAGUUUGUGUUGGAGGCAAAGCGUCGGGAGCUGCUGGGGCAGUUGCGGGCCGGGAGCCUGGCGCUGGCCGAGCUGGCCACGCUCCUCACCCUCCUCGUGGAGGAGGCGACGCAGCGCAGCAGCAGCGUGAAAUUCACAGGCCUCAGGAGGCAGGUGAGCGCCUCGGACCUGCUGGACUCGGGCAUCAUCGACACGGACACGCUGGCCGACCUGGUGCAGGGCGCCAAGACGGUGCAGGAGGUGACGCAAAUGACCUCGGUCAAGCGCUACCUGGACGGCACGGGCGUCAUCGCCGGCGUGCUGGUGCCCUCCAAGGCCGAGCCUGGCAAGAUGGAGAAGAUGAGCAUCUACCAGGCCAUGUGGAAGGGCAUCCUGAGGCAGGGCACGGCGCUGGUGCUGCUGGAGGCGCAGGCGGCCACCGGCUUCCUGGUCGACCCAGUCAAGAACCAGAAGCUCUCUGUGGACGAGGCUGUGUCCUCCGGGCUGGUGGGCAGCGAGCUGCACGAGAAGCUGCUGUCGGCCGAGCGGGCCGUGACGGGCUACUCUGACCCCUAUACGGGCGACAAAAUCUCCCUGUUCCAGGCCAUGAAGAAGGAGCUGAUCGUCAGGGAUCACGGCAUCCGCCUGCUCGAGGCCCAGAUCGCCACCGGCGGCAUCAUCGACCCCGUGCACAGCCACCGCCUGCCCGUGGAGGUGGCCUACAAGCGUGGCUUCUUUGACCAGGAGAUGAGCCAGAUCCUGUCCGACCCCGGCGACGACACCAAGGGCUUCUUCGACCCCAACACCCACGAGAACCUGACGUACCUGCAGCUGCUGCGGCGCUGCGUGCCUGACCCGGACACGGGGCUGCUCAUGCUGCAGCUGAUGGACAAGGGCUCCGUGCUCUACCAGCUGACCGAGGAUGCCCGCAAAGCCCUGCAGGCCGCCCGCACCACCCUGGCGGUGGGGCUCUUCCAGGGCCAGAGCGUCAGCGUCUGGGAGCUCCUCUUCUCCCGCUACGUCCCUGACCACCAGCGCCAGGACCUCCUGCGCCGGUACAAGGCGGGGACGGUCACCAUUGCAGAGAUGAUCGACCUCCUCACGGCCAUCAUCACCAGGGCUGAGGCCCAGGGCCACAGUGCCAAUGUGGCCCCCAAGUCCGCAGAGAGAGAGGUUCUGCCAGAACCCAUCCAGAACGGCAGUGCCGCAAACUCCCAGAAGGAAUUGGAACAGAAGCGGGAGCAAGAGCGGGACCAGGAGCGACAGCAAGAGCAGGAGCUGGAGCGAUCCCUCAAGUCUUACACCGUCGAGGUGUCGGCAGGCGGCUUCCACGGCAGGAAGGUGUCCCUGUGGGAGCUCCUCUUCUCCAAGUUUGUGUUGGAGGCAAAGCGUCGGGAGCUGCUGGGGCAGUUGCGGGCCGGGAGCCUGGCGCUGGCCGAGCUGGCCACGCUCCUCACCCUCCUCGUGGAGGAGGCGACGCAGCGCAGCAGCAGCGUGAAAUUCACAGGCCUCAGGAGGCAGGUGAGCGCCUCGGACCUGCUGGACUCGGGCAUCAUCGACACGGACACGCUGGCCGACCUGGUGCAGGGCGCCAAGACGGUGCAGGAGGUGACGCAAAUGACCUCGGUCAAGCGCUACCUGGACGGCACGGGCGUCAUCGCCGGCGUGCUGGUGCCCUCCAAGGCCGAGCCUGGCAAGAUGGAGAAGAUGAGCAUCUACCAGGCCAUGUGGAAGGGCAUCCUGAGGCAGGGCACGGCGCUGGUGCUGCUGGAGGCGCAGGCGGCCACCGGCUUCCUGGUCGACCCAGUCAAGAACCAGAAGCUCUCUGUGGACGAGGCUGUGUCCUCCGGGCUGGUGGGCAGCGAGCUGCACGAGAAGCUGCUGUCGGCCGAGCGGGCCGUGACGGGCUACUCUGACCCCUAUACGGGCGACAAAAUCUCCCUGUUCCAGGCCAUGAAGAAGGAGCUGAUCGUCAGGGAUCACGGCAUCCGCCUGCUCGAGGCCCAGAUCGCCACCGGCGGCAUCAUCGACCCCGUGCACAGCCACCGCCUGCCCGUGGAGGUGGCCUACAAGCGUGGCUUCUUUGACCAGGAGAUGAGCCAGAUCCUGUCCGACCCCGGCGACGACACCAAGGGCUUCUUCGACCCCAACACCCACGAGAACCUGACGUACCUGCAGCUGCUGCGGCGCUGCGUGCCUGACCUGGACACGGGGCUGCUCAUGCUGCAGCUGAUGGACAAGGGUUCCGUGCUCUACCAGCUGACCGAGGAUGCCCGCAAAGCCCUGCAGGCCGCCCGCACCACCCUGGCGGUGGGGCUCUUCCAGGGCCAGAGCGUCAGCGUCUGGGAGCUCCUCUUCUCCCGCUACGUCCCUGACCACCAGCGCCAGGACCUCCUGCGCCGGUACAAGGCGGGGACGGUCACCAUUGCAGAGAUGAUCGACCUCCUCACGGCCAUCAUCACCAGGGCUGAGGCCCAGGGCCACAGUGCCAACGUGGCCCCCAAGUCCGCAGAGAGAGAGGUUCUGCCAGUACCCAUCCAGAACGGCAGUGCCGCAAACUCCCAGAAGGAAUUGGAACAGAAGCGGGAGCAAGAGCGGGACCAGGAGCGACAGCAAGAGCAGGAGCUGGAGCGAUCCCUCAAGUCUUACACCGUCGAGGUGUCGGCAGGCGGCUUCCACGGCAGGAAGGUGUCCCUGUGGGAGCUCCUCUUCUCCAAGUUUGUGUUGGAGGCAAAGCGUCGGGAGCUGCUGGGGCAGUUGCGGGCCGGGAGCCUGGCGCUGGCCGAGCUGGCCACGCUCCUCACCCUCCUCGUGGAGGAGGCGACGCAGCGCAGCAGCAGCGUGAAAUUCACAGGCCUCAGGAGGCAGGUGAGCGCCUCGGACCUGCUGGACUCGGGCAUCAUCGACACGGACACGCUGGCCGACCUGGUGCAGGGCGCCAAGACGGUGCAGGAGGUGACGCAAAUGACCUCGGUCAAGCGCUACCUGGACGGCACGGGCGUCAUCGCCGGCGUGCUGGUGCCCUCCAAGGCCGAGCCUGGCAAGAUGGAGAAGAUGAGCAUCUACCAGGCCAUGUGGAAGGGCAUCCUGAGGCAGGGCACGGCGCUGGUGCUGCUGGAGGCGCAGGCGGCCACCGGCUUCCUGGUCGACCCAGUCAAGAACCAGAAGCUCUCUGUGGACGAGGCUGUGUCCUCCGGGCUGGUGGGCAGCGAGCUGCACGAGAAGCUGCUGUCGGCCGAGCGGGCCGUGACGGGCUACUCUGACCCCUAUACGGGCGACAAAAUCUCCCUGUUCCAGGCCAUGAAGAAGGAGCUGAUCGUCAGGGAUCACGGCAUCCGCCUGCUCGAGGCCCAGAUCGCCACCGGCGGCAUCAUCGACCCCGUGCACAGCCACCGCCUGCCCGUGGAGGUGGCCUACAAGCGUGGCUUCUUUGACCAGGAGAUGAGCCAGAUCCUGUCCGACCCCGGCGACGACACCAAGGGCUUCUUCGACCCCAACACCCACGAGAACCUGACGUACCUGCAGCUGCUGCGGCGCUGCGUGCCUGACCCGGACACGGGGCUGCUCAUGCUGCAGCUGAUGGACAAGGGCUCCGUGCUCUACCAGCUGACCGAGGAUGCCCGCAAAGCCCUGCAGGCCGCCCGCACCACCCUGGCGGUGGGGCUCUUCCAGGGCCAGAGCGUCAGCGUCUGGGAGCUCCUCUUCUCCCGCUACGUCCCUGACCACCAGCGCCAGGACCUCCUGCGCCGGUACAAGGCGGGGACGGUCACCAUUGCAGAGAUGAUCGACCUCCUCACGGCCAUCAUCACCAGGGCUGAGGCCCAGGGCCACAGUGCCAACGUGGCCCCCAAGUCCGCAGAGAGAGAGGUUCUGCCAGUACCCAUCCAGAACGGCAGUGCCGCAAACUCCCAGAAGGAAUUGGAACAGAAGCGGGAGCAAGAGCGGGACCAGGAGCGACAGCAAGAGCAGGAGCUGGAGCGAUCCCUCAAGUCUUACACCGUCGAGGUGUCGGCAGGCGGCUUCCACGGCAGGAAGGUGUCCCUGUGGGAGCUCCUCUUCUCCAAGUUUGUGUUGGAGGCAAAGCGUCGGGAGCUGCUGGGGCAGUUGCGGGCCGGGAGCCUGGCGCUGGCCGAGCUGGCCACGCUCCUCACCCUCCUCGUGGAGGAGGCGACGCAGCGCAGCAGCAGCGUGAAAUUCACAGGCCUCAGGAGGCAGGUGAGCGCCUCGGACCUGCUGGACUCGGGCAUCAUCGACACGGACACGCUGGCCGACCUGGUGCAGGGCGCCAAGACGGUGCAGGAGGUGAUGCAAAUGACCUCGGUCAAGCGCUACCUGGACGGCACGGGCGUCAUCGCCGGCGUGCUGGUGCCCUCCAAGGCCGAGCCUGGCAAGAUGGAGAAGAUGAGCAUCUACCAGGCCAUGUGGAAGGGCAUCCUGAGGCAGGGCACGGCGCUGGUGCUGCUGGAGGCGCAGGCGGCCACCGGCUUCCUGGUCGACCCAGUCAAGAACCAGAAGCUCUCUGUGGACGAGGCUGUGUCCUCCGGGCUGGUGGGCAGCGAGCUGCACGAGAAGCUGCUGUCGGCCGAGCGGGCCGUGACGGGCUACUCUGACCCCUAUACGGGCGACAAAAUCUCCCUGUUCCAGGCCAUGAAGAAGGAGCUGAUCGUCAGGGAUCACGGCAUCCGCCUGCUCGAGGCCCAGAUCGCCACCGGCGGCAUCAUCGACCCCGUGCACAGCCACCGCCUGCCCGUGGAGGUGGCCUACAAGCGUGGCUUCUUUGACCAGGAGAUGAGCCAGAUCCUGUCCGACCCCGGCGACGACACCAAGGGCUUCUUCGACCCCAACACCCACGAGAACCUGACGUACCUGCAGCUGCUGCGGCGCUGCGUGCCUGACCCGGACACGGGCCUUUAUUUCCUUAAUGGGCGGGGGAGGGAAGGAUUUAAAUUGGGCACUUGCCUCCUCUGCUCACCUGGCUGGCAGUCGGCGGGAGGAGGAGGAGGAGGAGGACCGGAGCCUGCCGGCGAUCCAGCCGCUCUGGAUACACGUCCAGGAGACACAUUCGGUGCCCCACAGGAGCAGGAUUCUUCCCCAGAGAUGAUGCAGAAGAUGAGUGGAUGCUCCCAGAACAACAAGUCGAGCAGCACAGGGAGUAACCCGGUUGCAGGUGAACACAAAGAGAUGGGUGGGGGUGGGAGUAACUUCAUCGCUGGAGUCUUCAUCCAGGCCAAGCACAAGAAGCUGAGUAUCUACGAAGCCAUGAUGAAGGGGCUGCUGACCCCGGGCACGGCGCUGGUGCUGCUGGAGGCACAGGCAGCGUCUGGACUGCUCACAGACCCCGUGAGGAACGAGCAGCUCUCGGUGAAAGAGGCGCUGGCUCAGGGACUCAUCGGUCGGGACUUCUACGAGAAGCUGCUCUCAGCGGAGGGAGCCGUGACAGGGUACACAGAGCCCUACACUGGACACAGGAUCUCCCUGUUCCAGGCCAUGAAGAAGGAGCUGAUCGUCAGGGAACACGCCAUCCGCCUGCUCCAGGCCCAGAUCGCCACCGGCGGCAUCAUCGACCCCGUGCACAGCCACCGCCUGCCCGUGGAGGUGGCCUACAAGCGUGGCUACUUUGACCAGGAGAUGAGCCAGUUCCUCUCUGACCCCGAGAAUCAAACAAGAACUUGCUUCGACCCCAACACCCACGAGAACCUGACGUACCUGCAGCUGCUGCAGCGCUGCGUGCCUGACCCGGACACGGGGCUGCUCAUGCUGCAGCUGAUGGACAAGGGUUCCGUGCUCUACCAGCUGACUGAGGAUGCCCGCAAAGCCCUGCAGGCCGCCCGCACCACCCUGGCGGUGGGGCUCUUCCAGGGCCAGAGCGUCAGCGUCUGGGAGCUCCUCUUCUCCCGCUACGUCCCUGACCACCAGAGAGAGGAGCUGCUGAGGAAAUACAAGGCGGGGACAAUGACCAUCCUGCAGAUGAUGACCGUCCUCACUGCCACCAUCACGGGGGCAGAAAGGGAAAACGGGGCUCUGGGCUCAUGCACAGCCAAACCCAAUAACAAGGUGAGGGCGUCACCCUCGGCUCAGGACACGCAGUCCCAGGAGCAACAGUUGAGAAAGUCCUUGAAGUCUGCAACCGUCCGUGUCACUGCUGGGGAGUUCCGGGGGCAAAACAUUUCUGUGCUGGACCUGCUCUUUUCCAAAUACGUCCCUCAGGGGAAGCGGCAGGAGCUGCUGGAGCUGUAUAGGGCAGGGAUACUGACCACGGAGCAGGUGGCCACUGUGGUCACCACCAUCGUGAACCGAACAGAAGCCACGAACGCCAAGCUCGUGGCAAAUGCCAGGAGCCCACACAGGGCAGCGGCAGUGGCAGGGGAGGAUGAAGACGAUUGUUCAGCACACCUGGAUGACUCCUUGAAGUCCACCACCAUCAGUGUGCCGGCUGGGGAGCUGCAGGGAAAGCAGGUCUCACUGUGGGACCUGCUCUUCUCCCACCACAUCCCCGAGGAGAAGAGGCAGGAGCUGCUGGAGCUGUACCAUGAAAGGUUAUUAACUCUGGAGCAGAUGACAACUGUUGUCACCACUCUCAUUAAGAAAAAAGAAUCUACAGGCAGGAAAUUCCAAAUUACAGUCAAGAGUUCCAACCAGGACACUCUGACAGCAGCAGGAGAGGAGGGGGAUGAUCCCCCCAAAGAGGAACCGUGGGAAACAGCCUUAAAAACCACAGUGGUCGACAUUGAGGUUGGGGAGUUUCGGGGCCACAAGGUCUCCCUGUGGGACCUGCUCCACUCCCACUACAUCCCCGAGGAGAACAGGAAGGAGCUCCUGGAGCUGUACGAGGCAGGUGAGUUAACCCUGGAGCAGGUGAAGACCGUUGCCAGCACCAUUGUGACCCGGGCAGCAGCAGAAGCAGCAGCAGAGAGGGCAGAGCCAGCAGCACCUGUGAAUGAGCCCGGGGCAGAGCCAGCAGCCACAGAGGUUGAACCCACCCCCCUGCAUGGGGACAGGGCUUGGGAAGAGACCCUGAAGGCCACCACAGCUGAGGUGUCAGUGGGAGAGUUCCAGGGCACGCAGAUCUCCCUCUGGGACCUGCUCUUCUCCCACCACAUCCCCGAGGAGAAGAGGCAGGAGCUGCUGGAGCUGUACCAUGCAGGGACAUUGGCAUUGGAGCAGUUAAAAUUUGUUGUCACCACUCUCAUUGAGAAAAAAGAAUCUACAGGCAGGAAAUUCCAAAUUACAGUCAAGAGUUCCAACCAGGACACUCUGACAGCAGCAGGAGAGGAGGGGGAUGAUCCCCCCAAAGAGGAACCAUGGGAAACAGCCUUAAAAACCACAGUGGUUGACAUUGAGGUUGGGGAGUUUCGGGGCCACAAGGUCUCCCUGUGGGACCUGCUCCACUCCCACUACAUCCCCGAGGAGAAUAGGAAGGAGCUCCUGGAGCUGUACGAGGCAGGUGAGUUAACCCUGGAGCAGGUGAAGACCGUUGCCAGCACCAUUGUGACCCGGGCAGCAGCAGAAGCAGCAGCAGAGAGGGCAGAGCCAGCAGCACCUGUGAAUGAGCCCGGGGCAGAGCCAGCAGCCACAGAGGUUGAACCCACCCCCCUGCAUGGGGACAGGGCUUGGGAAGAGACCCUGAAGGCCACCACAGCCGAGGUGUCAGUGGGAGAGUUCCAGGGCACGCAGAUCUCCCUCUGGGACCUGCUCUUCUCCCACCACAUCCCAGAGGAGAAGAGGCAGGAGCUGCUGGAGCUGUACCGUGGGGGGACACUCCCCAUCCAGGAGCUGCUCAGCAUCACCAGCAGCCUCGCCAUUGACGGCCACGAGAAGCACUUUGGGGCCCUUCCUGCACACACCGUGGAUCUUCUGCGUUCUGAGGGCUCCUACAUCACCUUUGGCCCAUCCCAGGAGCACAGGGUGUCGGUGUGGGAGCUCCUGUCCUCCAAGCAGGUCUCCGAGUACAGGCGGGAGGCGCAUCUUGACACCUACCCCUCAGGAGGGCUGACAGUGAACAGAAUCACCAUCACCACCACCAUCACCACCGGCCCCCAGCGCGAGAAGAGCCACCCCUGGCACCACUAACACCGACGCCGGCAGAGGAGGGUCCUGAGCACCUGUGGGACUUGGCUCUCCACGCCCCUCCGUGUGUCACAGCAGCGACAAACCCGUGUGUGGAGUGGGGUGGGAGCUUGGUUAAACUCCUGCUGUCUCAA